AUGCUCUUUUCAACUUCCUGCUUCACCACCAUCAAUGGAGUGUUCUCAGAACAAUCCCCCAUGGCCAUAUCGACAAAACGCAUGGAGAAACUGACCUGCCUCCACUUAUAUUUCCAUGACACCCUUGAUGGCACAAACCCGACUGCCAUUAGAAUCGCUGGACCAUCAAAAUGGUCAUUUGGCACUACUAUGAUGAUAGAUGACCCAUUGACAAAGCUUGUGGGAAGAGCUCAAGGAAUAUAUGCAUUUGCUUCUCAACGUGACUCUGGCUUGCUGGUUAUGGUGUUGAAUUUCGCUUUCUUGGAAGGUACGUAUAAUGGGAGUGCACUUAGCAUUCUUGGGCGUAAUCCAACUUUUGAUAAGGUCAGGGAAAUGCCAAUCGUCGGAGGCACUGGAGUUUUCCGUUAUGCUUGGGGCUACGAUUUGGCAAAGACAUUUUCGUUUAAUCAAAAAACCGGAGAUGCUGUGGUUGAGUACAAUGUGUCUGUCUUACACUUCUGA